AUGUGCUCUCCUGAGCCCUGGAUCGAAGUAUUACCUGUAGUCUUACUAGGUUUACGUUCUUCAUACAAAGAAGACCUUGAAGCAUCUCCUGCUGAGAUGGUUUAUGGAACCACAUUGAGACUACCAGGCGAGUUUUUCACAUCUAAAGAACUGUCAUCUGAUCCACAAACAUUUCUGGACUGUCAUAGAAAAAUAAUGCGUGAUAUUAAGCCUUCAGCCACAGCUCAUCAUAAUAAAGCUAAUAUGUUUGUACUCAAGGACAUGAAUACAUGCACUCAUGUAUUUGUCAGGUCAGAUCAUAUUCGAAAACCACUUGAGCCUACAUAUAGUGGACCAUAUAAAAUCAUAGAAAGAAUUUCAGACAAAGUGUACAAAAUUUCUAUGGAUGGUACUGAUAAGAACAUAUCGGUUGAUAGAUUAAAACCAGCAUAUACAGUUAAAACAGAUAACAGUCAACCAAGCACAUCUCAAGAAUUUAAAUCACAUAACUUGGAGUUAUCGAUGGAUCCUCCAAAAAAGAUGAAGUCUAAAAAAGUCUCCUUCAAAUUAUAA